UUAUUGGUUAAUUGGCACGUAGUCUUGUAGCGGUGUUCAUAGUCAAGCUCAACUCGACACCACGCUACAUUUGGUGAGCCAAAUUUUGGAACACGCCUCAACUUCGGUCAAAUCUUUCAAAGAAGGCAAUUCGGUGAGUCUAUUGUUUCAUCUAUCCACGUCUGUCAUAUAUUUUCAUAUUAAUUUUUAAUAUAUAAUAUAUUUGACAUGACGGAUAACGAUAAGAAUAAUAUUAACGUAAUAGACUCUGACGUACAGGUUAUACACUUUCGACCUGUAUCUUUUAUUCCUCACGAUCCCGAAGUUUGGUUUGCUGCUAUAGAGUCUCAAUUUGAGACCCGUCAUAUUACAAGCCAACGGCAGAAGUACACUUACGCUCUCGAAUGUUUAUCGGGAGACCAUUUAGUAACUGUCCGUGAGGUUGUCCUCAAUUCCAAUGUGCCCAAUGUUUACGAUCGUCUCAAGGAGGCGAUCCUCAGACAUUUCCUCCCAUCGAGGGAGGAACGAUUGAGGACGUUAUUAGCACGUCACCCCCUGGGUUAUGCUAAACCGAGCCACCACCUCACGCGCCUGCAAUCUCUUGCAGGACCCACGGCAGCCGAUUCUGAAAUUGUUAAAGAACUGUGGCUCGAAUCUCUACCAGCAUUUAUCCAACCUACAGUUACGGCCCUGCUCGAGGACGCACCACUGAAACAGGUAGCCCUCACAGCAGACAAAAUUCUAGCUAGGACUGACAACCGAGACAACUACGUAGUUGCCUCAACGUCGCGUCCGAAAGUCGAUAUCGAUGGCAGCCACUCCUCGGCUCAAGGUGACAGGGAAGGGUGUAUUCACACACGUCUUAGUUUUCGAGACCGUUGUAACGUACCCCAACCCUACGUCCCUCGAGUCCGCUCACGCUCUCGAAAAGCCGUCAACACUCGCCCAACGAGGGCAUCUUCCAAGCCACGCCAAAAGGCGGCUUCGGAAGCGAGUGCAGGUUGGUGCUGGUUUCAUCGAUCCUUCGGAUCUGGUGCCCGCCGUUGUCGAGCCCCGUGCUCAUACAAGGCGGGAAACUCCAAAGCCGGCGAGUAAAAGCGGCCGUACUCGUCGGCCCUGCCCCCCAGGUUGGCCGUUUAUUUUACGUGCACCGAUUAUCGCACAAACGCUAGGUACCUAGUGGAUACAGGUGCUCAAGUUUCUGUCGUACCACGAGGUAUCAUCAAGUCACAAGCUACAAUGCUUCGACUACGCGCUGCAAAUGGCUCAGCAAUUCCUACCUACGGUACACGACAACUCGCGGUCAACCUGGGCAACCGACGACGGUAUCUGUGGACGUUCAUCAUUGCUGAUGUUCCCACAGCCAUACUAGGUAUUGAUUUCCUACAGCACUAUGAGUUGCUAGUCGAUUCACGUAGGCUGCAGCUAAUCGAUACUUCGUCGAACAGCAAAUUCAUGGGCUUUAAAGCUCACACAAACGCGUACCGAAUCCUCGGCACUUUUUAUUCGCGUGACGAUAAAUUCCACGCCUUAUUCCAGAAAUUCCCCAGAUUAACUAAACCACUCGAGGAGAUUUCAUCGGUGACCAAUCGUGUGGUACACCACAUAGUCACCCGCGGACCACCAGUCACGGCAAGACCACGCCGACUGGCACCGGACAAAUUAGCUUUCGCUAAACGUGAGUUUGACAAUUUACUAUCUGCUGGUAUUAUUCGUCCUUCUCACAGUCCUUGGGCCUCUCCUUUACACAUGGUGCGCAAAAAGGAUGGGGUUAGUUGGAGGCCUUGCGGCGACUACCGAGCAUUAAACGUAGUUACGCGCUUUGAUAGCUACCCCGUGCCCUACAUACACGACAUCACGGCAUCGCUCAAGGGCACGACUAUCUUUUCUAAAACCGAUCUGGUACGAGCAUAUCACCAGAUCCCAGUCGCUCUUGAAGACAUCGA